AUGAAGAAGCUGUCAAAGAUAUGGAAGAAGCGCAUUUUGGUGUCUGUGGCGCUCACCAAUCGGGACCUAAGCUACACUUUCGAAUCAAAAGAAUGGGCGGAAGCUUUCAACAAAACCUUGCGCAACUUGUUGAAGAAGGUGGUUGCGAAAACAAAGCGUGAUUGGCACGAAAGGAUUGGAGAAGCAUUAUGGGCGUACAGAACAACUCGUAGGACUCCAACACAAGCUACUCCUUAUUCAUUAGUCUAUGGUGUGGAAGUUGUUAUUCCCCUCGAGCAGCAGAUCCCCUCGCUAAGGAUUGCCAUACAAGAAGGCUUGAUCGAAGAAGAAAAUGCUCGUCUGCGCUUGGAAGAGUUAGAAGUAUUGGAUGAGAAUAGACUGGAAGGUCAACAAAGAUUGGAGUGCUAUCAAGCUUGA